AUGGCAUCCCUGCUACCAGUCCACACCUCGCCCUGGAUCCUAGUUCUGCUGGCUGUCUUAGCCCCAGCGAUGGCAGAUUUCAACAUCUCAGAUCUCUCCGGCGUGCUGUCCCCUGCGCUAACAGAGAGCCUGCUAGUUGCCUUGCCUCCCUGUCACCUCACAGGGGGCAACGCCACGCUGAUGGUCCGUAGAGCAAAUGACAGCAAAGUGGUGAAAUCCAGCUUCGUGGUGCCUCCAUGCCGAGGGCGCAGGGAGCUGGUGAAUGUGGUGGAAAGCGGGGCUGGCUUUACAGUCACCCGGCUCAGUGCAUACCAGGUGACAAAUCUGGUGCCUGGAACCAAAUACUACAUUUCGUAUCAAGUGAAGAAGGGGAUAGCCACAGAAUCCAGUAGAGAGAUCCCAAUGUCCACCCUUCCUCGAAGGAAGAUGGAGUCCAUUGGGUUGGGAAUGGCCCGAACAGGGGGCAUGAUCGUCAUCACAGUGCUGCUCUCGGUGGCCAUGUUCCUGUUGGUGGUGGGCCUCAUCAUCGCCCUGGCACUAGGUGCCCAAAAAUGA